AUGAAGUCCUUUAUCGCAGUCCUCGCCCUGGUAGCCUGCGCCGCAGCUGGCUCUGACAACAGCGAGAAGCGCGACAAGAGAGGCUACCUCAGCGGCGGCCUGAGCGCCGGCUACGGUGGACUGGGCGGCUACAGCGGUGGCUACAGUGGUGGCUACAGCGGUGGCUACAGUGGCCACGGAGGCUACUCCGGCUACUCGGCGCCCGCCGCGCAGCUCGUCACCGUCAACAAGGUGGUCAACACGCAGCGCGUCGUUGACGUGCCACAAGUGGUCAACGUACGCAAGGUGGUCUCCGUGCCGCAGGUUGUGUCCGUCAAUAAGCUGGUGGCCGCACCCUCCUACAGCUCUGGAAUCGGCUCCGGCUACUCGUCCGGCUACAGCUCCGGAAUCGGCUCCGGCUACUCAUCCGGUUACAGCUCCGGAAUCGGCUCCGGCUACUCAUCCGGUUACAGCUCCGGAAUCGGCUCCGGCUACGGAUCCGGCUACUCCAGCGGCUCCGGCUGGUAG